AUGAAUGCAAAACUAUGCAAAAGACCAGAAGAUGUGACGCCUGGAUCACAGUGCAAGGUGAUUGACCACAGCGAGGACCAACAUGGUUGCUACAAGACAGCAGCUAUCCUUGGCAAGGACUUGUGGAUCAGCUCCACUUGCGAAGCGAAAAAUGGCGUGAGGUGUAUGGGGUUGGCGGUUGGAGGCAAGCUUGCAGAGGAGAAGAACUUGAGGAUCCCCAUCAUUGUGGAUCUUGUGGGCACCCCAGUGAUAAAAGGAAAGAAGCCCAUGCAGGAUGACUCACUAGCGGCGGUCGCGGCCGCCAUCGCCAUCCAGGGGUUUCCGAGCGCUGAGCUUCGAGAGGUGGCAGAUGGCAGAGAGGCACGCUUUUCCCAGCGCCGGGCAACCUCCACCGGCGCUUAUCGCCUCACGCCAACUGCUGCGUGGGCCACCUGCUUCCUGGUGGGCACAGGCCGCACUUCGAUCCGACGUUUCAGAAGAGCUUGGAGGGCGGUGAGAGGCGCUGCGUCGACGUCGACUUCCGUGUAUCCUGCGGAGUCCGUCGUGGGCGAAAAGGACGCCUGUGGCGUAGGCAUGAUUGCCAACAUGGACAAGCCAGCAAGCCACGAACUUUUAGAAGUCGCUCUUCGCGCGCUGUCGUGCAUGGAGCACCGGGGCGCUUGCAGCGGCGGCAUGGAUAGCAACAUCCUGCUCUGUGGUGGCGACGACAGCGGCGAUGGAGCGGGAGUGAUGACUCAGAUCCCGUGGGAGCUCUUCGCGGCAGAUGUGAAUCUGCCAGACGACAAGAGCACUUGUGCUGUUGGUAUGCUCUUCCUGUCCAAGGACCGCGACGUGCGGAUUGAUGCCAAGAUGAAGUUGGAGACUUCUCUUCUGCAGGAAGGCUUCGAAAUCCUCGGCUAUCGCAUCGUUUCAGUGGAUUCGACCGUGCUGGGCCCGCGCUCAAAGCAAACGGAGCCCUGGAUGGAACAGAUCUUUGUGUCGCACGUUGAAGCAAAAGGUUCUGAAAUGGAAAAUCUACUGUACAUCGCACGAAAACGCGUGGAAGAUACCCUCUCCUAUGAUGAGCUGUAUGUGGCCUCAUUGUCACCAAAGACGAUUGUGUACAAGGGCAUGCUGAACUCUUCGGCCAUGGUGCGCUACUACAAGGAUCUCAGAGAUCCGCGCUUCAAGGUCCAGUAUGCGCUGUGGCAUCGACGCUUCAGCACCAACACGAUGCCCCGCUGGCCUUUGGCGCAGCCCUUCCGUUACUUGGGCCACAACGGAGAGAUCAACACCAUCCAAGGCAACUACAAUUGGACCCGGGCGCGCUCGGGCUCCUUCGAACAUCCCAACUUCGGCUAUCGCAUGCGCGAGGUGCUGCCUCCCUGCCGCGCCGAGAACAGUGACUCCGGAAAUAUGGACUGUUACUUGGAAUUGAUGCUUCGGUGCAACCGAGAGCUGCCUGAAGCUUUGAUGAUGAUGAUCCCAGAAGCCUACAAGGACAACGACUCCGGUGAUAUUAAAGACUUCUACGAGUAUUGGGGCGCUCUGCAGGAGGCCUGGGAUGGUCCCGCAUUGGUGGCCUUCUGCGACGGUGAGUACAUGGGUGCAACCUUAGACCGAAACGGCCUUCGCCCUGCUCGCUACUUUCAGUUGCACGAUGGCACCUGUGUGGUGAGCUCCGAAACUGGCAUAUUGGAGAAGAACCUUUUUCCACCAGACAUGUUCAAAUCCAAAGGGCGCUUGGGCCCGGGAAAGAUGGUCGCCAUCGAUCUGCACACAGGUGAGCUGAUCGAGAAUGAGGCGGUGAAGCAAAAGAUGGCCUCCAAGAAGCCUUAUGGUGAUUGGAACAAGGUCUUCAGGGAAGAGAUGGACUUGGAGCCCUUCUUGUCCAAAGAUCAUGAUUUAGUGGUGCCCAAGGCCAUGGAAGACAACUUGAUGACCUUGCUUUUCGACAUGGGCUACACGAUCGAGGAUGUAGAGAUGGUGGUGGAGUCCAUGGCACAGACGGGCAGAGAGCCCACCUUCUGUAUGGGCAAUGACAAGCCCUUGGCGGUGCUUUCGGACCGCGCUCAUGUGCUCUACGACUAUUUCACCCAGCGAUUCGCCCAGGUGACCAAUCCGGCCAUCGACCCUUAUCGGGAAUCUCUGGUGAUGUCCAUCAACGUUUAUCUGGGCCGGCAAGGCAACUUGAUGGCUGAGAGCCCGACCUACUUUCAGAACAAGGCCAACAAUCGAUUAGUCAAGAUCGACUCGCCGUUUCUGAAUGAGAGGCAGCUUUAUGCCAUCAAAAACAGUGGCCUUCUGACCGUCCAGCUGAGCACGCGCUAUGACCACAGCAAAGGUCCAGGUGCAUUAGAAAAAGCCGUCUCAGACAUUUGCUACGAGGCCUCCAACGCCAUCCGCAACGGGGCGGAGCUCAUCAUCAUCUCCGAUGUGCCGCGGAACUCAGAUUUCUUGAGCAACUUCGAUGUGGAAGAUCCUGAUCCUGACAUCGGCCUGGAGCGUUCCGUCUUAGCGAUUCCACCACUCUUGGCGGUGGGUGCCAUCCAUCACUACCUCAUCCAGCAGGGCUUGAGGACUCAAGCUUCUUUGGUGGUGAGUACCGGCCAGUGCUGGAGCACUCAUCACUUCGCCUGCCUCAUCGGCUACGGCGCCAGUGCCGUGUGCCCCUACCUGGCGCUGGCGCACAUCCGCAAGUGGCAUGCCACUGACAAGGGUGCUGCCAAGGCAGAUGGGCAGACGGUGGAGGAGGUGCAGCGGAACUACAAGGAUGCCGUGAAUGCUGGGCUGAAGAAGAUCAUGUCCAAGAUGGGCAUCACAGUCUUGGAGUCCUAUCGAGGGGCGCAGAUUUUCCAAUGCAUUGGCUUGGACAAGAAGGUCAUCGAUCGUGCAUUCUGCGGAACACCUUCCACCUGCGAGGCCUUGAGCUUCACCGACAUCGCCAACGAGUCGAUGAUGUUCCACCGGAGGGCCUUCCCCGAGCUGGAGGAUUCCAAGGAGAAGGCGGAAAAAUUGGAGUUCGCCGGCUGGUACAAGUAUAUCAAGGCCAAGGGCGAGUUCCAUAUGAACAACCCCGAGAUGUCCCGUGCUUUGCACAAAGCUGUACGCAACAAUGAGCCCUUGCAAUACGAGGAGUAUCGGCGUCAGAUCAUGGACGGGCGACCGAUCACGGCCAUCCGAGAUCUCCUGGAGUUCGCCUCAGACCGGCAACCCGUGCCGCUCUCGGAAGUGGAGGACGCGGUGUCCAUUUGCAGCCGCUUCGUCACCGGCGGCAUGUCCUUGGGCGCCCUGUCCAGAGAAGCCCAUGAAGUGAUCGCUGUCGGCAUGAACCGCAUUGGAGGGAUGAGCAACAGCGGCGAAGGUGGAGAAGAUCCUCUUCGUUACCAUCCCAUCAAGGAUGUGGACGAGGAAGGGCACUCGGCAUCUUUUCCACACUUGCAGGGCUUGCGCAACGGGGACUCUGCGGCCUCGGCGACCAAGCAGGUGGCCUCGGGACGUUUUGGCGUCACGGCCGCCUACCUCAGAAGUGCCAAACAGUUGGAGAUCAAGAUUGCGCAAGGUGCUAAGCCUGGCGAGGGUGGGCAAUUGCCAGGUGCCAAGGUGGAUGACUACAUUGCCCGUUUGCGCAACAGCGUGCCAGGUGUGGAGCUCAUCUCACCACCACCCCAUCAUGACAUCUACUCCAUCGAGGACCUGGCGCAGCUGAUUUUCGACUUGCAUCAGGUGAGUCCGGAGGCCAAGGUCUCGGUCAAGCUGGUGGCCAGCGCCGGCAUCGGCACCAUUGCCGCCGGCGUGGCCAAGGCGAAUGCCGACGUGAUUCAAAUCUCUGGGCAUGAUGGUGGCACUGGGGCCUCGCCCUUGAGCAGCAUUAUGCAUGCUGGUAGCCCCUGGGAACAAGGCCUUUGCGAGGUUCAAGAGGUCUUGGUGGAGAACAGCCUUCGAGAGCGGGUCACCUUGAGAGUGGAUGGUGGCAUCAAGACUGGCUGGGACAUCGUGGUAGCAGCCAUGAUGGGUGCAGAAGAGUACGGCUUUGGCAGCGUGGCCAUGAUCGCAGAGGGCUGCAUCAUGGCGAGGGUUUGCCACAUGAACCGCUGUCCGGUGGGUGUGGCGACACAGCGGGAGGAUCUCAGAAAGAAGUUUCCCGGCACGCCCGACCACAUCGCAAACUUCAUGCUUUUCGUUGCUGAAGAGGUGCGCACAAUCAUCGCAGCCCUGGGCUACCGUUCUCUGGCCAAGAUCAUCGGCCGCGCCGACCUCUUGCGCCCCCGUGUGGAGGGCUCGGUGCGCACCAGCGUGCCGCAGCCAGCGGUGGCAGCGGUGGCCUCGCAACCGCCUAAGACGCGGAAACCCAAGAAGCUGUCGAAGACCGCAGCCGUGGAUCUCUCGAGUUUCUACGCGGAGGAAAGGCCCAAUGAAGAGCACCGGCUCAGCUGGGUCGACGUGAAGAGAAGCAGCGCAGCACAUAGCAAUGGGCCAGUGCUGGACGAUGACAUUCUGGAAGUUUCCAAAGUGGCCAAGGUCAUUGAAGAGAACAGUGGCAAAGUGGAGAUGUCGAUGGACAUCCAGAACACUAACAGAGCCUUAGGCGGACGCAUAGCAGGCACGAUCGCGUCCAAGUAUGGUGACCACGGGUUUAAGGGUGAGAUCCACUUGAACUUCACCGGCUCGGCCGGUCAGUCCUUCGGCGCUUGGAACACCAGUGGUGUGCUCCUUCAGGUCACAGGGGACUGCAACGACUAUGUGGGGAAGGGCAUGAAUGGCGGGACCAUCGUGGCCAUUGCGCCACCCGAGAGCUCCUUCCCCUCACAGGAGAACGUCAUCGCUGGCAACACAUGCCUCUACGGCGCUACCGGGGGUGAGGUCUUCUUCAACGGCCGCGUGGGGGAGCGCUUCGGAGUGCGCAACGCUGGAUGCCGCGCCGUGAUCGAAGGCGCUGGAGAUCAUUUGGGAGAGUAUAUGACCAAUGGUGUCAUUGUGGCCUUGGGCCGUGUUGGCCGGAACGUCGCAGCGGGCAUGAGCGGUGGGCUGCUCUACAUCUACGAGGGGGAGCGGAUGGACCUGAACGCGGACAACGCGCGGAACGUCUUUCGUGUCACCUCCGAAGCUGGAGAGAAGCAGCUCAAGGAGCUCGUCGAGAAACAUCAUGAACUGACUGGCAGUAAGCGAGCGGCUGAGAUCUUGGAGGAUGUGAAGGCGGCACAUCGACUCCGAGAAAGCUACGCGCCGCCGCGGCAAUCCAACUUCCGCGUCAGCGCGGUGUUGCGCUUCACGCGCGCCGACGGCAGCGGGGGGACCCUGGAGGCUGUGAACGCCGAACCUCACGAUGCCAACAUCCGUGGUGCGAUUUGCGCCGAACGCGCGGCCAUGUGCCUCUUUCAGAAGACCGAGGGCAACGGCGCGGAGAUCCGUCGCGUCGUGUGCGCGACGGACUGCAAGGAUCCCAUCUACCCGGGCCCUCUUUGCCGGGAAUUCUUGACCUCCAGCUGCGGACCAGAGGUUGAGAUCGUGGCCACCGGCUCCGACGGAAAUUGGGUCGUGCAACCCUUGAGGGAGCUCUUCCGGAUGCCAUCGCCGUACCGCGGCCUGGCACAGCAGGAGGCCAAAGCCAAGGCCUCGGCCUUGGGUGGCCAGGUGAAGCCGCCGGAGGACGCGCUGGCCGCAAAGGUCUACCAGGCAGCUUUCGCUUUGGCACGAAAGCAAGAGCCUCAGACGGUAGUUUAUCCCAUCACCUUCGCUGCCGCCGUGGGCUUCGAGGACGGCGAGGUCGCCUUUGCCGCGGAGCUGAAGGGCAUCGAGUACGGCUGCACUGUGGAUGCAGCCUCCCUUCUCAUCCCCGAGCUUCAGCGGCGUCGUGGACACUCUGACACCUCGCGGGCGAGGGUGCUCAUGCAGGUGGACAACUUUGGAGUGGCACACGCACCUUUUUCUGGAGCGCGGAGUUUGCUCGUCGAGCACGGCUUUGGCGACGUGCUCGUGACGGCGCAUGGCCACUGGAGCUCGGAGGGAAUGUGGCGGGAGGGUGGCGGGGUGCCGAAGGACUGGGACGACGCGAAGGCGCGCUUCUGGCAGGUGGCUCCCGUGUCGAUGCAAGGCAGCGAGUUGGUGGCAGUGCCUGAGGCCUCGGUGGAUCAAACGACCGCCGCCGUGGCCAUGGCCGCGGGGAGGCCCGCGCGGCGCCGGGCCGUGCCCGGGCGUGGGCCGCCGCGGGCCGGACCCGGCUCCACUGGUCCCAGUCGAUGA